GUCUCCUCAGGACCCCAGAUAUGAAGCUCAUCUUCUCUGCCCUGCUGUCCCUCUGGGUCCUCGGACUGUGUCUGGCCGCCUCCAAGAGAGGCCUUCGAUGGUGCAACGUAUCCAAAGCAGAGGCAGCAAAAUGCAGCAAACUCCGACGGAAUUUGAGAAAAGUGAAUGGCCCCCUUAUCUCCUGCUCAAGGAAAGCCUCCCACAAGGACUGUAUCCAGGCCAUCGCGGAAAACAAGGCAGAUGCUGUGGCCCUCGAUAGCAGAUUGCUGUUUGAGGCGGUCAUGGAGCCCUACAAUCUGCGACCUGUAGCAGCAGAGUUCUAUGGGACUGAAGAGAAAACCCACUUUUAUGCCGUGGCCGUGGUGAAGAAGGCCAGCUCCUUCCUGCGGAACCAAGUGAAAGGCGUGAAGUCCUGCCACUCGGCCUUCAACAGCUCUGUCGGGUGGGACAUCCCUAUCGGCACGCUCCGUCCGCUCCUGAACUGGGCAGGGCCAUCUGAGCCCCUUCAGAAAGCUGUGGGCGAAUUCUUCUCUGCCAGCUGUGUUCCCUGCGCGGAUGGAACACAGUACCCCAACCUGUGUCAGCUGUGUUCGGGGACAGGGGAAAAUAAAUGUGCCUGCUCCUCCAACGAACCGUACUUCGGUGACUCCGGUGCCAUCAACCCCCUGGGGCGCACCAGCCUGAGGCGCAGUCACCUCGAGACCCUGCAAGACAGGGCUGAAAGAGACCAGUAUGAGCUGCUCUGCCUCGACAAUACCCGGAAGCCGGUGGAUGAAUUCAAGGACUGCUACCUGGCUCAAGUCCCUUUCCACACCAUUGUGGCCCGACGUGUGAAUGGCAACGAGAAUGAGAUCUGGGAGUUUCUCAACCAGGCACAGGAGAAUUUUGGAAAUGGCAAGGAUCCGAUGUUCCAGCUCUUUGACUCCCCUUCUGAGGAGAAGGACCUGCUUUUCAAAGAUGGCUCUAAAGGGUUUUUGAGGAUCCCCCCGACGAUGGAUGCUGGGCUGUACCUCGGUUCCAACUACCUCAAAGCCGUCAGGGGCCUGACAGAAACGGUGGAGGAGGUGGAAAGCCUGCGUACGCGGGUCCUAUGGUGCGCCGUGGGCCCCAAGGAGGAGAGCAAGUGCCAGCAGUGGAGUGCGCAGAGCAACGGGAAAGUGACUUGUGCCACAGCCAACACCACGGAGGACUGCAUCACCCUAGUCCUGAAAGGAGAAGCUGAUGCUAUGAGUUUGGAUGGAGGAUUUAUCUACAUUGCUGGCAAAUGUGGUUUGGUGCCUGUCCUGGCAGAGAGCCAAAAAUCCGAAAAAAGCAGGAACUCAGAUUGUGUGAAUAGACCAGUGGAAGGCUAUUAUGCUGUGGCGGUUGUCAGGAAAUCAAAUGCUGAUCUCACCUGGAAUUCUCUGAAAAACAAGAAAUCCUGCCACACUGCUGUGGGCCGGACCGCAGGCUGGAACAUCCCCAUGGGCCUGCUCUUCAAACAGACAGGCUCCUGCAAAUUUGGUGAAUUCUUUAGUCAAAGCUGUGCCCCCGGGUCAGACCCAAGCUCCAGUCUCUGUGCUCUGUGUAUUGGCAAUGAUUUGGGCCAGGACAAAUGUGCGUCCAACAGCAACGAGAGAUACUUUGGCUACAAUGGGGCUUUCAGAUGCCUGGCUGAGAAUGCUGGAGACGUCGCAUUUGUGAAAGAUACCACUGUCCUGGAUAACACUAAUGGGAAGAGCACUGAAGCAUGGGCUAAGGAUUUGAAGGUGGAGGACUUUGAGCUGCUGUGUCUUGAUGGCAGCCGGAAGCCUGUGACUGAGGCCGAGAGGUGUCACCUGGCCGUGUCCCCAAAUCAUGGUGUGGUAUCUCGGAAAGAUAAGGUAGAACAUCUGGAACAGGUGCUGCUGGAACAACAGGUAGGGACCGCCAGGNNNGGAAGUGACUGCCCGAGCAAGUUUUGCUUGUUCCAGUCUGAAACCAGAAACCUUCUGUUCAACGACAACACUGAGUGUCUGGCCAAACUCCAAGGCAAAACGACGUAUGAACAAUAUUUGGGACAAGAGUAUGUCACAGCUGUCACUAAUCUGAGACGGUGUUCUCUCUCCCCCCUUCUGGAAUCCUGCAACUUCCUGAAGAGAUAAUGCCCCAAAUGAUGACCCAGGGCCCCCCGAGGAGCCUCAGCCCUUCGCUGCUUCCGGCCCCUGGCCCCAGGCGCUCUGGGGCCUUCUCCCUUCCUGAGGUGCCGUUUGCCAGUUAGACCUGCGUUCGCAAUUCCCUGCUGUCACCUUAGCAAGAAAUAAAGU